CUCUCUCUCUCUCUCUCUCGGAUUCUCUCUAUUUGUUCCUGUCCUGUUCAGACGAAGCCUGCUGUGUUCCCUAGCUGCCUGUACUGCUGUUUAGCGAGGAGUAGAGCUGUGUAGGAUUGAGCAGGACAACGUGUGACCACGUAGAACAGUCUAGGGCUGUGUGUAGGGCUGUGUUAGGGCAGUGCAGGGCACAAGGGCUGUGUUGGGCUGGCAGAGGUAAGGCUCUCCCAUGGCCUACCCUCAGUGCCCAGCCCCUGCGUCCUACACCAUGGUCAUCAUCCCUCUCCGGAGCAGCCUCUACAGCCUUGACGCCCUGCGCUUCUACCUAUGGAUUAAGAGGCUAAAGAACUUGGAGAGGGAGCAGGACUCUCUGUGGGCCGGGCAGCAGGUUCUGAAGCAAGCCCGACUAUGGUACCGACAUAGACUGGAGGACAACAGAUCCAGGCAGGCUAACGUGGGCACCGGGGCUGGGGCAGAGGUGUGGGGAGGAGAGGGGGUGUCAUCGUGCCUCCUGAGGUCUCAGAUCCAGAGGGUGAAUGGAUCUUUGGGUAGUCUGAUGAUUGAGCCCAACGUAACCAGCUGUCCCUCCUCUCUGAAGAGGGACGGGGUCGAGGUAUCAGACAAUGAGCUACGGUGGCAGAACACGGUACUGGUACAGGAGGUGAGCGAGAAGAAUUUUCAAAUCUCCCUGUUGGAGCUGGAGAGAGACCGCCUUUUGCAAGAGCUGAGUGUGCAUCUGGGUGUAGAAGUGUAGUGGGCAUCCUGACUGAGUUAUUUCCGAUGUUUGUACACCUGCUAUCAAGCCCAUUUCACUUUUAUCACACAAGAACACACACGCGACUGAACACCGCUUCAUAACUCUUCAACUAAAGUUCUUCCAAUCAAUGUCAGGAUUUCAUUUUCUCUCACCACUGUAAAUAUGUUUGUAAAAUAAUAAUUCAAUAUAAUGUAUGUACAAAGA